UUUUUUUUUUUUUUUUUUUUUCCCUUGCCCUGCCCGCCCUGAUCCAAGCGGGCAGUGGCAGUGCCGUCCAGUCACGUGCGUGCCUCUCAUCAGUCUCCCGUCCUAUCAUCCACCCAUCCAUCCAUCCAUCGUCGACUUCACGUAUCGUACAGACAGACAAACAUACAGACAGUCCCGACAGACAACCCGACAGACAAACACCUGGGUACUUGUGCAAUGCUACUACAUACACUUACCACCAAUACUAGCUCCCCGCCUUCUCUCUAACUAGCGUGCCGUUGGACUAGUAACUGCCCCUUGGGUUCAACGGCAGCCAUGGCUCCUUCCUCCGUGCUUCCACACCCGCACACACACACCCACACAUCCCUCCAAUUCUCCCUCAACCUCCCAUCAUCUUCUAUGAUCCCACCGCCCCGUCCCUGUGAUCAGCGAGCCGAUCCGACCCAUCCGCCCCUAAGUUAGCGUCUUCUGCAUGCCUUCCAUCAUCCUUCUAGCGGCGAUUGCCCUGGCCACGCUUUAUCUCUGCAACACGUACAGAUGCUUCGCCGCGAACUUGGCCGCCGCCAAGCGCUCCGGCCUGCCAUACAUCCUACUACCAUGGGACAAGUUUAACGUCAUCUGGAUGCUCACUGGGGACUUUUGGUUCCCCUUGCUGCAAAAGCUCCCAGCAACGUGGACGCACCCAUGGCUUCCAUACUUGCAGCCCGAGUGGCUCUACGAGCGCAAGUACGAGCCCUUCAACACCAUGGGAAGCGACGCUAUACUCUUCGUCGCACCAGGUGGGAACCACUGCUACAUUGCCAAUGCUGAGGCAAUCGCGGACAUCACCGCCCGCCGUGCGGAUUUCCAGAAGCCGCUAGAGAGGUACAAGGACGUCAAUCUGUACGGUACCAAUGUCGUCGUGUCGGAGGGCUCGACUUGGCGUCGCCAUCGCAAGAUCACGGCGCCUUCGUUCAGCGAGAAGAACAACCGUGUUGUAUGGGAUGAGUGCUUGCGUCAGGCAAGCGCACUGCUCGUCCAUUGGACAAAUGGUAAUUCCUCAAGCGAGACGGUGAAUGACGUUGAGUCGGAUAUGAUGAGUGUUAGUUUGCACAUCAUUAGCAAGGCAGGCUUCGGUGUGCGCGUCCUAUGGCCACACGAAGAGUCCUCGGGUAAAGAGGGGGAUGCGUACGCGCAGUUCUCCAGCACGAAGCCUUCUCCUGGACAUGCCAUGUCGUACAAAGAAGCCAUGAGUAAGCUUAUGAAGAAUGUUAUAUGGAUUCCCCUACUGCCAAGAUGGCUUCGAGACGUCUUGCCUUUCGAGGGUCCGAGGAUUGCCUCUCAAGCGUACGACGAAUGGGGACAAUACAUGACUGAAUUAUACACGAUGAAAAAGGCGGAGAUACGCGAGGGUAAGAGUACGGAGGGUCUCGACUUACUCGGUGCUGUAAUGAAAGGGGCGGGGCUCAAUCGGGAAACUCUUACCUCAUCCGAGAUGCCAGAGCAGCAAUUGAGUGAAUCGGAAAUACUCGGUAACGCAUUCGUCUUUAUGCUUGCGGGCCACGAGACGACCGCCAACGCAAUGCAUUUCUCAUUGGUGUUCCUUGCCCUCAACGUGACUUGCCAGCGGAGUCUCCAAAGAGAGCUUGCAGCAAUUUUCGGAGACCGGCCAGUGGCCGAAUGGGACUACGAUCAGGACUUUGCGAAAAUGAUGGACGGUAUGACAGCAGCAGUCAUGUAUGAGACUAUGCGCCUCGUACCAUCGGUCACUGGAAUACCAAAAACUACAAUGCGAGGCAGUCCGCAGCCAUUAACGGUGAAUGGCCAAAGCGUAGUUAUCCCGGCCGAGUGCAUCGUUUCUCUCGACGUCCCUGCAACACAUCACAACCCGAGGUAUUGGCCCACAAGGCCAGACGUCUCCGCGCUGCCUGCGGGUGAGGAUCUCGAUGAGUUUAAGCCCGAGAGAUGGCUGAUGGACAAAGCUGCCGGAGACAGGGGAGUACGCCCUCUGUUCAAGCCUGCGAGUGGCGCCUUUCUGCCGUUCAGCGAGGGCCAGCGCUCUUGCAUGGGUCGACGAUUCGCGCAGGUUGAAGUCAUGGCAAUCCUUGCGGCGAUAUUUCACGGUCACAGCGUGGAGCUUGCGGUGGAUGACUUUGCGACAGACGAAGAGGUGGAAAAGAUGCCAAGGGGUGGUCGGCAACGAGAAGAAGUGUGGCGAAAAGCGGCAGACCGAGCAGUCAAGCUUCUAAAGCAUGGCAUGGGAAGCGUCAUCACGCUGCAAAUGCGCAAGGGACACGUCCCACUAAGAGUAGUUAGAAAGGGUGAGGAGCGGUUUGACGGUGCAGGGUAGCGGGUAGCAAUAAAUGUACCUAGGUACAAAAGUCCC